UAAAGCGCGCGCGCGGGCAGGGGACACCACUGCCCGCCCGACCGUGGUCAUGGACCAGCACACGCUGGAUGUGGAGGACCCCACGGCCGCCGGGCAUCCAGGGGGUACUGCGCGCUUGACGGAUACUGUGAGUUCCCCGGAUGCUGCUACCCUGAAAGCUCCUGUGCGACCCACAGACGCCGCGCUCCCCACGCUCCCCACGGCCGCCACGCUCCCCACGGACGCCGUGCAUCCCUCGGUUCGGGACCCCGAGGCCGCGUGGCCGUCAGCCCCGCAUGGCUGCUCCCGCCGCCUGCUGCUCGCGUGCCCAGGCGCCCUGGUGUUGUCUGCCUUGGUGUUCGGAGCGCUCUGUGGUCCCCUCGCCCUCUUCACCCGCACCCAGACCUUGCCUGCGCUCACAAUCACUACUUCGCCCAGCCCGGGGCGGGAGACUGCUGUUUCCAACCCUGGCAGCGACCUCCACACUACACGACAGGGUCCCGUGUUUGCCAAGCUGCUGGCUAAAGACGAGGCGUUGCUGAGCAAUAGGACCCUGAAGUGGCACAGCCAAGACGGAGCUGACACCGUUUACCUGCCCUCCCAGGACCUGAGGUACGAAGAGGAGGAGCGGGAGUUGGUGGUGAUACAGCCUGGGCUGUACUGCGUGUCCUUGCAACUGAAGCUCACUCCGGUGUCCAAGAACACGGACCACAAGGUGCAGGGCUGGGUCUCUCUUGUCCUGCAAACAAAGCCUCAGGUGGAUGACCUCGACGGCUCGGCCCUGAGGGUGGAACUGUCCCCUCAGUCCAUGGAGGACAGCCUCGUGCAGGGUUCCUGGGAUCGCCAGGUGCGGCUGGAGGCCGGCCACCGGCUCAGCGUGGGUCUGAGGGCCCAUCUGCACGGCGCGCAGGACGCUUACAAAGACUGGCAGCUGUCACAGCGCAACACCACCAGCUUUGAACUCUUCCUCUGCAGCCCGGCGCUCCGCGGGAAUUCCUACCCUCAUGGUUGCUGCCGGCCAUCCUUCUCAUGAUGCCUGGUUGCUGAGACCCCAAGCUGCUAUUUCUCACGGGGUCUGAGCAGAGCUUCCUUCUUCCAGUACUUUCCUCCCGUCUCUGACUGGACCUGGUAUUUAUUGUGAGCAGAGGUUGGACCCGCACUUCACAAAAUUCCUUGGACAGCAUUAGGAAAGCACUGGACAGCUGCUACAGAGAAAUGAUCGUCAAAGACUAAAAAAAAAAAAAAAAAAAAA